GAUGCUAGGAAGGCUUGUAAUGAUGCGACGCUCAUUCAGAUCACAUCGAACAUGGACUCCGUGGGCCGCAUUCAGAUGCGAACACGCCGCACCCUGCGGGGCCACCUGGCCAAGAUCUACGCAAUGCACUGGGGAUAUGAUUCACGGCUACUAGUCAGUGCUUCCCAAGAUGGAAAAUUAAUUAUUUGGGAUAGCUAUACAACAAAUAAGAUGCACGCUAUUCCCUUGCGCUCCUCCUGGGUGAUGACUUGUGCUUAUGCGCCCUCUGGCAACUACGUUGCUUGUGGAGGUCUGGACAACAUCUGCUCCAUCUAUAACUUAAAAACCAGAGAAGGCAACGUGAGAGUGAGCCGAGAGUUACCUGGUCACACGGGCUACUUGUCCUGCUGUCGUUUUUUGGACGACAGUCAAAUUGUGACGAGUUCAGGAGAUACAACCUGUGCUCUGUGGGACAUCGAAACCGCCCAGCAGACCACCACAUUCACCGGGCACUCGGGCGAUGUGAUGAGCCUGUCCCUGAGCCCUGACAUGCGGACUUUCGUCUCUGGUGCUUGUGACGCCUCCUCCAAACUCUGGGAUGUUCGAGACGGCAUGUGUCGGCAGUCUUUCACAGGCCACGUGUCCGACAUCAAUGCUGUCAGUUUUUUCCCAAAUGGCUAUGCUUUUGCCACUGGCUCUGAUGAUGCCACUUGCCGCCUCUUUGAUCUGCGUGCUGACCAGGAGUUGCUCAUGUAUUCUCAUGACAAUAUCAUCUGUGGCAUCACGUCCGUGGCCUUCUCCAAAAGUGGGCGCCUCCUCUUAGCUGGUUAUGAUGACUUUAAUUGUAAUGUGUGGGACACACUGAAAGGAGACCGUGCAGGUGUUCUUGCUGGUCAUGACAACCGUGUCAGCUGCUUAGGUGUAACUGAUGACGGCAUGGCUGUGGCCACAGGCUCGUGGGACAGUUUUCUGAGAAUCUGGAAUUAAAUAAUGUCUUGCAUAAUUUCUAUUCUCCAUUGAUAUCUGGAGGAAUCAGUGCUACAGCUAUAGCUGCGGAAAAAAAUCCUACCUUCUAUUUGCUAGUGAAGAUUUUUCUAUUGAGCCUAUGAUGAACAAAAUGAAAUUUCAGUAAACUUCAACACAAGAUGAAAAACAAAAGGUGAAGGUGCUUGCUGAGAUCAAAGGAUGGGGGUCUUUGAAGAGUUGAGUUUAUUUAGCAUGGAUGAAUUUUUGUUUGUACUCAGUCAAAUCCUUUUCUUUGGAAAAAUGUCCACAUUAUAGCAGCCUACCAUGUUUGAUUGCUUAUUUGUAUUUUUUCUUUAAAGAACUGCAUUUAAAAUUUUGUGUAUGUAAGCCAUGUCCUAUUUUUGAGUUUUGUAAUGGAGAAACCAAGCAGACUCAGAGGGUGGAAAUGAUACGGUGUAUCCCUGUGUAUGUAGAGAAGCCCAUUCCGCCUCGGUUCUCUUCCCUUUCCUACCUGAAGAGAUCCGGGGGGCUCAUUAUUGGACAAGAGACUCGGGUACUUCUGAGAGAAGUUCUUUGAAAUAUUGUUAGGUUCCGGUCUUUUUUCAGUUUAUGUAAAUGUUCAUUUCAGUCAUGUGAGGGAGAAGCAAAUCUAAAGGUCAGGAAAUAGGGAUUUCACUCUGAAAUCUUAGACAUCUCUUAGAAGACCUGGUGAAUAAUAGGUGGACAGAGAUAACCCACUUCAGUGUUUCCUGGCAUUUUAAAGGCCUGGUUAUGAUAAGAUGAUACUCUGAGUAACUCUAUAUAGAUGGAUUUCCCUACUGACUUCAUUUCCUGAAACUGAGUCUGUAAUGCAUUCAUUUCAGGGGUUUGGACACUUGGAUUGUUCCUGUAUCAGAAACUUCCAUCCUAAUGUGCCCUAUCUAUAGGUAUCUAGAUUGGAAACAACAUCCCAUGGCAUACUUUUGAAAGAUGUGUAAAAGCUCAUCCAUCAUCAACUAAGUCUGACUAGUUAGGAUGUAAUAUAGAUGGCUUUAUGAACUUUUGGUGACGUAACUUAAAAUCUGAAUGGGUAACUAUCUGCCUUCAAAAUCUUUUAAGCUAAAAAUUAAAACUGAACAUUCAGACUUUUGCUCUUCUAUAACAUUUCUUUCCUUAGCACAGAGUACUGAUUUCUAAGUGGUUUUGCUGCAGAGAAUUCCUAGACCCACUUUAAAGCCCCCCCCCCCAAAAAAAAGAGGAGUCAGAGUAAAAUACUAGGCAUUGUGUCUGCUUGCCAGUGACAUGUACUUAUUCCUAGAAGGGGCCCCUGAACUGGAACACAAGUCAUUUGAGGGAGGAGCAAAUCUGAAGGCAUGGGUUACCUCCUUGGAUUUUCUCUUUCCAAUACACCCGAAUGAUUGACAGGAAAAGAUUGUUUUGUCUUGCUUGAUGGUGAGGUCAUAGAUUAUCCCCAUAUUAUAUUGCACUGCAUUGGUCCGUACAAAACACGUCAGUUGCCAUUGAGGUGGGUCUCUGUUAGCUUUUGGUGACCUGUAACUCUAACCCUAAAUACUCCUAAACUUCAUCUGUAGAUUUUCAUUUUUAUAUUGUGAAUGUGCUAGUAAGUUGUAAUAAUGAAAUACCAGGUUUGUGUCAGAUCAGUGGAUAGUAAAAAAAAAACAAAACAAAAAACAAAACCUAUACAAGAAGAUUAAGGUGUAGGACCAGAACAGAAUAUUGUCAAAGGAAUGCAUGAAUGUAUAUUUAUAUGCACAUAUAAAACUUCCAUUAGCUUUUUAGCUAUUUAAUAUUUGUGGUCUAUCAUUUCACAAAGAGCAGCUCUUUGAGAUAAGACAAGAAUGUCUUUCUGUGUUCUUGUUUUUUUUUGCAGUGUCAGGAAUUGAACUCAGGGCCUCAAACAUGCAAAACAAAUGCUGUGCUAAUGAGCUCCGCCCCAGCCCCAAGAAAAGAAUAUGUUAAAGGACGGUUUAUUUUCGCAAAAAAUGAGGAGAAAGGGGUUUACCAUGUACUCUGUUUCAAAAUUGAGUUCAAGGAAUCACUUGUAUAUGCAAAAUAUCCUAUAAAAAAAGUACUCCCCUUUCAAAAUUAUUUCAGUAAUAAGAUACUUUAGUCAGAGAAACACAGAGACUGUAAGAAUUCUGUGGUCUUAAACUUCUUGAUAAGAAUGUGGGGCUGAGGUGUGUAGUGGAACAGAACAUGAACCUUGCAUGUGUGACGCCCUGAAUUUGAUCCCUGGCACCACAGAAAGAGAAAAUAGAUUUAAUAUCAAGGUCUGUGUAUAUGGCUUAAAAGCAGUUCCCAUAAAUAUUAUCAGGCAACUAAAACCUAGUCAUUGUAGAGGCUAAUUGCAUAUGACCAAAUGAGGCCUCAUAAACACGUUAACUUUCUAAAUCUUUUGCAUUCUAGUGAUUUUAGUUCCAAUAGCUAAAAUUUUUUGUUGAAGUUUGAGUUCAUUCAGCUGAUUGUCUAUUCUGUUGUGCAUAGGGAUUUUUUGAAAUCAGUGUAAGAGUAUAUAAUUUGUAAAAACAAUGUAUAGUUUGAAUCUUGGUUUUCUUUCAAGGCAUAGCAGUUUGGUCAAAUGUAGUUUCUAAAGAAUUUGCAUCAGUCAGAGCAGUUAUUUGGUACCUAUUUCCUUUUUCACCUUUUUCAUUAAAGUUUAACAAGCUUCACUUGGCUUAUUUAUACUUUCACUUCAUACAGAUCAGUUUAUUGAGAUGGCGAGAGUAUUUUAAAGACACAUACUCUUGAGCCAGUGUACAGGGGUUAAGACGCUUGCCUUGCAUGCACCUGGCCUUGGUUCUAUCUUUGGCACCACAUAUGGUCCCCUAAGCACUGCCAGGAAUGAUCUCUGAACAUACAGCCAGAAGCAAACCCUGGGCACGGCCAGGUGUGGCCCAACAGGCACAGACUCUUUUCUAGAAGAAAGUGAUAGUGAUUGCUGUGUUGUUCACCCCCAUCCCUGAAGAAAGCAGUUCUUGUUCUGUUCUCAACCAGGUCUGUGCUUAGAACAGGUCUUUGUGCUGAUGGACAGGCUUCAUUUGAGGCAGUUGUACUAUUAGUGUACUCAGUCACUGUCUCUAAUUCAGAUUUUUUAGAAUUGGGAUUCCCUAGCUACACACACCAUAUGAUGUCCCAUCUUUCUAGAUGCACAGAAUUGGUGUUAUUGAUGUAUAGAUUCAGCAUGAUGAUGAUGGCAAACUUUCGGAGAAAAGAGAUGUAGGUGCUUUUAGAAUGUUACGCAGUUGUACAGCUAACCUGUUGAUCUUCACCUCUUCAGGGGACAAAAUGGAAUUAUGAAGAUAUACUUACUGUCAUCACACGCACAGGAAAAUCAAUACUUUGUGAAUGUUUCACAUUAUAAACACAAUUGAAUUCUUGUGGCUUAAUUGUUAAUGUGUUUAUACUGUGGGAAAUGGUUUAAUGUCUCAAAUAGAUCUAUCACUUAAUAACAAUGGUCUUUCUAGAAUAUGUAGAAUGUGAAUCAGACUUAAAAAUUUUUUAAAUCUAAUAUGUUCAAUUUUUAUUUUUCCAUUUGCCAUUAUGGAAAACGAACUUUAUUUUACUGUUAGAUUUAAACAUGUUAGACCAUCUUCUUGUGAGAAAGAACUGCACAGUGAAUACAGUUAGAAUUUUAAGUUACAUUAAGUGUGAAAUAUGCUUCAUACGCUCCAUUUUGAGUUUCCUCAAACUGUGCUAGAUUUUACAAUAUUGAUUACAAUGGGUACUCGUCAGUGACUUGCAGUUGAACGUGUAAGCUAGCUUUCUGUGUUUAAGAAAGUAAUGAUUGUUGGUACACUUCAUAUUUUUGCAUAUUUGUUUGCAUGUUGAUAAAAUUUCUCUUUUUUGCUUCCUGAAAUUCAGUUACUAAUUCUAUAGAAGUUAGAGUGGAACAUUAUGAAAAAGUUUCAACUGGUGUUAGUGCCCAACAAAAUCUUAAAUUUUUUAAUAACUAGAAUUUCGGUGAUACACUUGGUAAAUACUUCAAGCCUUUUUCUCUUAUACAAUGGUGCUCUAUCCUACUGUCUCUUUUCAAAGAAGCAUCUAACACUUGUAUUCUGCAUAUUGUAGCCAAAGGCAUCCACAUCUCAGUGGGUAGUGGGUAAAGUUGACAUUUUACUUCAGCUAAAAUCAUUUUACACAUUUGUGGCAAAUUAAGUCUGUAGAAGGACGAUAGUAAAGGUGAACCUCCUAGAUUAAAGCUCUUAAAGAAGCUUUAAACUAAACUAUGGACUUAUACCAUGGCUUAACAGUAUUCUUGGAUCUUUCUUGCAGUGAAUCAUCCGUUUAUUUGUACAGUAGCUGUGAAAUGUUGCUGUGAAUUGGUAUUUUAAUCAAUAAAGUGCAUUUAACCAGA